AUGUCGGAAGAGGUUUAUGAAGGUGCCAUUGGCAUCGAUCUUGUCGCGAAUGAGCAAGGCAGCUUCACCACUCCCUCGUUCGUCUCGUUCACCGAUGAGGAGCGUCUCAUCGGCGAGGCCGCAAAAAACCAGGCCGCUAUGAACCCAGCAAAUACCGUCUUCGAUAUCAAGCGAUUGAUCGGACGAAGAUUCGAUGACCCCACCGUGAAGAAGGAUGUCGAAACAUGGCCGUUCAAGAUCAUCGAUCAGGGUGGCAAUCCGUUCGUCCAGGUUGAAUACCUCAAAGAGACAAAGACAUUCUCCCCCCAGGAGAUCUCUUCCAUGGUUUUGACAAAGAUGAAGGAGGUCGCCGAAACCAAGCUCGGGAAGAAGGUCUCCAAGGCUGUCAUCACUGUCCCUGCUUACUUCAACGAUAACCAACGACAAGCCACCAAAGAUGCUGGUGCCAUCGCUGGUCUCAAUGUCCUCCGUAUCAUCAACGAGCCCACUGCUGCUGCCAUCGCUUACGGUCUUGGCUCUGGCAAGUCUGAGAAGGAGCGCAACGUUCUGAUCUAUGAUCUUGGUGGUGGAACUUUUGAUGUAUCUCUUUUGAACAUUCAGGGUGGCGUGUUCACCGUCAAGGCCACUGCCGGUGAUACCCAUUUGGGCGGUCAAGAUUUCGAUACCAACCUCCUCGAUCACUUUAAGAAGGAGUUCCAGCGAAAGACCAAGAAGGAUCUUUCUGGUGAUGCCCGUGCCCUUCGAAGACUUCGGACCGCCUGUGAACGUGCCAAGCGUACCUUGUCCAAUGGAACCCAAACCACCGUCGAGAUCGAUUCUCUCUUCGAUGGUGAGGAUUUCAACUCUCAGAUCACUCGUGCUCGUUUCGAGGAUCUGAACGCAAAGGCCUUCAGUGGCACUUUGGAGCCUGUCCAGCAAGUCCUGAAGGAUUCUGGUAUCGAAAAGUCCAAGGUUGAUGAAAUUGUGCUUGUUGGUGGUUCUACCCGUAUCCCUCGUAUCCAGAAGCUGUUGAGCGACUUCUUCGAUGGAAAGAAGUUGGAGAAGAGCAUCAACCCCGACGAGGCUGUUGCCUAUGGUGCCGCCGUUCAGGCUGGUAUCCUAUCUGGCAUGGCUACUUCUGCCGAUACGGCUGACCUGCUCUUGCUCGAUGUCAUUCCUCUCUCUUUGGGUGUUGCCAUGGAGGGUAACAUCUUUGCCCCCGUCGUUGCUCGUGGUUCCACAGUCCCUUGCCUCAAGAAACGAACGUUCACAACCGUAGUCGAUUCCCAAGUUCAGGUUCAAUUCCCUGUCUUCCAGGGCGAGCGAACCAACUGUGAAGACAAUACUUCCCUUGGUGAAUUCACUCUUGCUCCCAUCCCACCUAUGAAAGCCGGUGAUGCCGCACUCGAGGUUGUGUUCGAAGUAGAUGUCAACGGUAUUCUGAAGGUCACUGCAACUGAGAAGUCAUCCGGCCGAACCGCCAACAUCACCAUCUCCAAUGCUGUUGGCAAGCUCUCCACUGGCGAAAUCGAGAAGAUGGUUGAGGAUGCUGAGAAAUUCAAGACUUCCGACGAGGCUUUCACCAAGAAGUUCGAAGCCAAACAACAACUUGAGUCAUACAUUGGCCGCGUUGAGGAGCUUAUCAACGACCCCGGUUUGUCGAUGAAAAUGAAGCGUGGUAACAAGGCCAAGAUCGAGGAGGCUCUUAGUGAUGCUAUGCAGCAACUAGAGGUCGAUGACUCAUCGCCAGAUGACCUCAAGAAGAAGGAGUUGGCUUUGAAGCGUGCCAUGACCAAGGCCAUGGCUACGAGGUAG